CAAUUUAAGGGACACACUGAGGACCUCUGGAAGCGUCUGGUGCAAACGGACUUCAAAGGUCAAAAGGAGGCGACUCUUUCUCGAGGGGAGACUUGGGCAGACCUCCAUGCCCGCCUGACAGAGGAGUCUUCCAAACGCCUGAAUAGAUUUAUUCAAGCCUCUUCAGAGAAGAUAAAAGCUGAGCAGGCAGGGCUCAUGUUCAUGAGGACAAACCUAGACUAA